AUGGCCUUAUCAGUGGACUACCUGUGGCUGUACAUCCUGCUGCCCAGCAUAGCAACUGUGGCCCUGAUUGGCCUUUUGCUGGGCAUAGCAUGCUUCCGGCGCCGUGCAAAGCCGUCACCGCCACCUUCAGCCAAGAGCUUUGCUGGAAAAGCUGCCCUUCGAGGACCUGCCCAACAGAACCUCGAGUUGGGGCGACUAUUGCCUCGGCCAACAAGGGCUCCUGAGGUAUCAGCUGCACGAAUCCGUUUCCAUGAGGAGCUGGGUGAAGGAGCAUUUGGCAAGGUGUACAGAGGAGAGAUGCUACCCGCCAAGCGUGACUGCAGUGCCCCCGUGCCAGUGGCCAUAAAGACACUGAAGGAAAAUGCGGCCAUGAAGACGCAGCAGGACUUCCAGCGGGAAGCCGAGCUGAUGAGCGACCUGCAGCACCGCAACAUUGUCUGCCUGCUGGGUGUGUGCACCAAGGAGGAGCCCCUGUGCAUGCUCUUUGAGUACAUGCCUCACGGAGACCUGCACGAGUUCCUGGUGGCACACUCGCCACGCUGCGAGGGCACCACUCAGGUGCUCGACCUGGCCGACUUCCUCCACAUCUCCAGACAGGUUGCCGCCGGCAUGGAGUACCUGUCGGCGCACCACUACGUGCACCGCGACUUGGCAGCACGCAACUGCCUCGUCGGCGAGGCGCUCACGGUCAAGAUCUCCGACUUCGGCCUGUCGCGCGACGUCUACUCGUCCGACUAUUACCGCGUCCAGUCCAAGUCGCUGCUGCCAGUGCGCUGGAUGCCGCCGGAGUCCAUUCUGUACGGCCGCUUCACCACCGAGAGCGACGUGUGGUCCUUCGGCGUCGUGCUCUGGGAGGUGUUCAGCUACGGCCUCCAGCCGUACUACGGCUACGCCAACCAGGAAGUCAUCGACCUGGUGCGUGCGCGCCAGCUGCUGCCCUGCCCCGAGGACUGCCCGCCGCACCUGUAUGCGCUCAUGGUCGAGUGCUGGCACGAGGUUCCCAGCCGGCGGCCGCAGUUCCGCGAGCUGCACGCGCGCCUCUGCUCGUGGCAGGCUCUGCACGCACGCAGCGCCAGCCUCAGCACUCACGGCAGCAACCACACGGGCUCCACGUCGGUCAGCCACAAGGGCGGUGGCAGCCCGCUCCUGGGCGGACCACCCGGAGGCGCCAUUUUGGUGGACAGGCCCGCCACGCCGCUCGGAGGAGGAGGAGGGAUGACCCGGGGCCCACCCUGCCCGCUCCAGAACCCGCCGCCCCCGCCGCCGCUGUCACACUUUGGGCCGCCGUACAACGCGCUCGACACCAGGGUGUCCAAGGUCUGACAGAUCCCCCGCAGCUGCUACUUUGUGUGAGCUGCGUAGAUCUGUCUCUCCCUCCCAGAAGGCAUUGCUGAGAGUGUCUUGCCUCAGGGAAGUUUCAAUGCUGCGUUACCCACCAAUGGGCUCGCCACGUCGAAACGGACUGGAGAAAAUCCACCGCGGCCAAAGCCGCGGGAGUCGGUGCUCGUGCGCGGCAGCUACUUCUUGUGAGCUUAACGUACCCUUUCCCAGUUGGGUGCCUGCCGUGUGCACCCCCCCCGGAGACCUCGUAGCAACCUCACGACGGCAGAGCGCCGAGUAAAACUUUGGCGUCUGAAACGUCGACAACUUGAGAACUGCUCGUGCCUGGCAGCUGAGUCAAGUGCCGGUCCCUUGAACAAACGGUUGCGGAAGGUUCCCUCAGGAUGUCGCCGACAACAGAGCGAAUCGCGACUGUCUCGGCGACAGCAGUGUGGCGUGGCCUUGUGACUCGUGUGCCGCAUUGAGUGCUUUGACAACUGGUCGACCACCGACAAACGAACUUCAGCAGUGGACACAGCACCCCGAGCUUCGGCAACGACGCCUCGGAGAGCACAUGAAUGUGGCCAAAGUCAGCUAACACUGCCACAGCAAAAGACACUUUGCGCGGAGGAGCGUGUGUAUGCUCUCAAACAGCGAAAAAGUAUGCUAUACGAGAUAGAACAAAGAAUCACAGAAAUGCUUCUCUACCAUUUAUAAAUUGCACACAGUACCGUGGAUAUCACGAAAAGUGUCAGAAGAAUACUCAUCUAAAUGAAACACUUUUGUGUUCAUUUGUCUUAGCAUGGGUAACGUGUCUUCAAGAAAUGAGUCCUUCACAUUUUUUUACUGUCACAACUCGAUGCUGACGCACGUAUGUAUAUCUGCAAUAAGAGACGUGUUCCUAAGCUUGUUUUGAUAAGGCAGCAAAUAUUUUGCCAUCACUGUCACAAUUCUUUUCUUUCUUGCAUUGAACGCAUCCAGCUUCAGUUGGCCUUGAAUGUGUCGCCGGUGUUCUUUGAGCAAUCAGUGUGUCAGUAUUAUAGAAACAGCCGGGUGCUAUUUACAGUCAGUACUAAUGCCGUACUUCCAAGCAUUGAUAGAUGUGCGAAAGAUGCCGCUUCCCGGUGUGUCUCAUUUGCCAGCUUCUGCAGUGCUAACAGUGCCCGACAUACAGCACAGCACAGUAAUAGUCACAGGUGGACUGCAAUGAAAUUUAACAUUGGCUAGACUGGUAAAAAAAUGUGUAUUAUAUAUAUAUAUAUAUAUAUAUAUAUAUAUAUAUAUAUGUGCUGCUGAAGCAAUCUUAGCAAAGUUGCAGGGCUGGUACAAUUCUAAUUUUCUCAUUAGCAGCCUUUAAAUAGCAGCCAAGUAAACGAUGCUUUCGGCUGGUGUUUAGAGGAUGUGAAAGUCCUAGCACUUUGCCUCAGAUAUUUUUUGCUGCACCAUGGGCAGCCACGGGCAGCACCUAAUUUCAGAGGUCAUGCCAAGAAGUCGCAUGUUCCGAGUGGUGCAUGACUUAAUUCCAGCAAGCGGUAACGGUGUCGCUUUUUUUCUGUUUCAGUGUCAAAAACAACUUUCGUGAGCCUUUCAGAAAGCAUCCACUCGUAUUUAAAACGUAAAGUUUAGCACAGAAUCUGCUCUGUAUCAACAUACUAAUCUGAAACUAGGCUUUUUUACGCAGCUGAAAAUUUUGUUGCAGUUGACCUUUUAAAGGGGAACCAUCUCAUCAUAGACAUUAGAUGUACUGUUUCCACGAGAAUGUUCACUUACAUCAUGGCAUGUGAUGGCUUGCGCAGUUUUUCUCGUCUGGCAAAGCUUAAGAAGAAACCUUCGUUAACCUUAAGCCUACAUGCAUGCAAUGCAGACUGAAAUGAUCACACUUUUUUACCUCUUUGGGAACCCAGCUCCCAAGAAACUUCCAGUCUCGCCUGUGGUAAACGCAUCCACUAAAUUUUGCAGGUGCGAAAGGUGCUGUGCGAUAUGUCAUUCCAAUGGCGGCCAUAUUUAUGAAAAUACAUUUCAUUCUUUGUUCUUGUGGUUGAAAGUAGCGUGAAAAAAACAAAUUGCAAGAAAGGCACUAAAAACCGCUCACCUGGACUGAUUCAGCGACAUGAGAUAAAUAUGAAGAAUACACGAAAAGCACAGUACGUGCACGAAUUAAGCUAUCAUAUCAGCGGUUGUCAAAAGUGCAUGUCAACGAAAACUAUCUUCACCGGUUUAUAGACAGAUUGCCAAUAUUCCAGCUCCUUUAUAUUAAUAAUUGCUUCCAGUAUGUAUGAUUCCUACUUUUGCCAAAAAUUUGAAUCUAGCCCAAGUGGGGGCUUACAGCUGUCACUUCCUUCAUUCCUUUAUUUUCUUUUUGCCUUUAGUCACUGGGCUUAGAGGCCACUGCACCACCAUUAUCGCCAAAGAGUGGCCACUUGGCGUGAGGGAUAGGAAUUGAACAAUGAAAAAGGCACCACCAGCUUCUGGCUAUGUGUAUUUUAACAGAAGCCAGUUACGAUAGAGAGAUGCACGGGAAGGCCUGAACAGCUAACUUCUGCCCCACAAAACUCUCGAUUGCAUAGAUUCUCCACUGGAAUAAUGCAAAAUUUGCGGAUACCCACAGUCAUACUCUGCACUGCGCUGUAGUUAAAGCUCACUGAGAAGAGUUAAGGCAAUGCAGGAGCCUUACCUGUCACAUUGCAGUCACCAUCACGGCAUCAGCAAAACCCAACUUUAAUCUCACAUUUGAGCACAACCACAUCUACUGAUCCACUUCAAGGUGUUCCUCAAUCGCGACUCAAAGUUUGUGAGCUAGGCCACUUGUAUACUCACAUUUCAUUGCGAGCCUGAACACACCCCAACAAUGCCAGUCAUCGCUGCGAGAACCGUGACAUGCCAUUUACAUAAAUUUACACGAACUGAUUUUACAGUGACUUUUUACUGCCUUUUCUUUACACAUAGUUUACAAAGCGUGUCUGCAGCCCAUUUGUAGAGAAAUGUGUUAUUGCUACUUUAAGCUCUCUUUUGUUACACGAGAACCGCCAUGUUUGUGUUUUUACCCAUUUGAUGUUGUGCUGUCACCCUGUAUUGCCAGAACUUGCGUGACGUGGUUCGAGGAGCAAUAAGAACACUCAGAUUACACUAAGGGCACACCAUGAAGCUGUUCCGUCAUUCAGAGCAGCCUCAAGAGAAAAAAAAGUGCGGCACUCCUUGUCACACACUCUACCGUCACUUUAUUAUUCUUUUCAUUGUGCCAUGUGUUGUUCUACACAAAAAACAUGUUUUGUGCAACUAGUCCUUUAGUAGUAAACACUGUGUGUAAAAAAAAAAGUUUACGUGCUUAUCUUUGGAGACGCCGUGAAAUGACUUCAGACAUUGUUACGAAACUAUGUGAGCAGUGUCCCAUGUUUUCAUGUCCACAAGCCUGCACCAGCAAUUACACAAACCUCAGAAAAGUAAAGAAAUAAAAAAUAGCCAGAUAUUUCUGAUGCUUAAAUUUAUAAACCCAAAGGCAAGCUUUUGAUUUGAAUGUGCUGUCAGAGCAGGGGCUUUUGGGUGUGACUUCACAGCACUGCAGAUAGCACCGCCAUGAACAAAAUGAAAGAAUUAAAAUUCGUUUAUAAGCAGCACUGUACACUGUGCUUAUAUAGUUUGAGAGAAUGACUAAACAUAGAAACAGGCACAUAGAUUAACUUUUGUUAAGUGCUAUGCCCAUAACCAAGUUCCAGACACUAAAGGGCAGAGAAUGCUUAGCUCCUUGCCAGCUUCUUCAUGUUGCUGGCCUCUGUCAGGAUCACUGACAUCUGAUAAGAAAUUGCUGUGAAAUACUGUACCACCCCCCCCCCCCCUCCUCAGAGUGUAGAUAGUUUCAAACAUUUAACGUUAACUGCUAUUUGUGGAUCAUGUAUGCACUCUACCCUAGUAAAUAACAUAAUGUUCGAACAGUGCUGCCGCACAAUUCGACGACUGUUUCGUUACAAUGUUCUGAAGCCUCUUCAGGGUCACAUUAUCUCUGCUUUUGAUAAAAACUUUUAUGAGUUGACAAUAAUAGUAUAUAAAGUCUUCGCGUUAUACAAGAAGUGUCCCGUCAAGACACAGCAAGGACAUUAAGUGCGACAACCUCUUGUACAGUGGCACUAAGCGGUCAACAUUAAGGCCGGACCUGCGAUGUCUCCUUGCACAUGCGGUUGAUGUGAGAACAAAAGAGAUACGAACAACGAAGAAAGUCUCUGAAUACCAGUAUAAGCAAUUUUGCGAAAGGAGUGUGAUCUCCACUGGUGGUUACAGAAUAGACUUUUUCAAACAAUCUGUGAAUACUUCACUAUGUAACUAGACCUUUACUUAAUGUGAAAAGCCUUCAUUUCAAAAACAGAACUCCCAUAAAAAAAGAAAGAAAUGAGAAGGCUUGCACAUUGUAAUAUGUUCUAGCUUUCUGUGGGCCACACGAAUAUUUAUAAUUUUCAAAAACAACACAGGAGUUCAUUGGAGCAUGUAUCUGCGCAAUGCUAUCAGCGAUGCUUUCGAUGUUGUUUGCUGGAAAUGUUAAACCCCAUUUGUUGCUACCCGUUUUUGCACAGUCAGAAUACAUGGACGCACGUGGAGUGUCCUAGUAUAUUACGUAUGAGCACAAAGAAAACAUAUCACAGUGCUACAAGAAACACGUUAUGCGUCAAGAAGUGCUUGUGGAAUGCAGCUACUAUGGUUGGGAGGUUUGCUUAACAAUACAGUUGAAUGCUGUUAUAACCAAGACACGUUCAAUAUGAAAAUACCUUCGUUGCAUCCAAUAUUUAUUAUAAGCAUAUAUGUAUGUGUCAAGCUCUAGUGUCGGUCAGACACAUUUUAGAUUUACUUCGAUAUAUUGAAUAAUUGAUUGCCUCCGUGUUCGCUAUAUCCUGGUUCGACUUUGCUUUGUCAGGGCAAGCACGCUUGUCAGUAUCUUUGAAGAGAAACAAUGCUUCAUAGACUUCAUCAGUCCAAACAUGAAUAGAAAAUUUAAACUUUCCUUACUCAGAUGUGUAGUCAACAAACUACAUUACCAAUUAAUGCUUCCUGCAGGACUUCACAGUGAGCAUCACUAUCACGAAUUGCUGCACAAAAACUCAAAUUAUUGGGAAGAUAAAGUAACAAAGUUUAAGCAAUAAAAUGAGCAACAGACCAACAGUGGCAUUGCACAGACUCAACUCAGCUGCAAAAGUCAACACACGACGGGAUCCAUGAAAGGGCCAAUUAUUUUUGCAGCCUCAGAAUGCAGCCUUGUAUCUAGAGCUCCUGCCUGUACUACUAAAUGCGAACAGCAAGUCUUGGACGGUUUUACUGGCUAUGGUCAUAAAUUGCUCAGAAAUUCAUCAGCACUUCUCUCGAUGCUAUGCUCCAUAACCUUAUGCGCUUGACUGUACCUUUGGCACAAAAAGAGGCAUAAACAAGUCAGUAACAACGUAAAUGUCUUUUUCCACUUCCAUGUUUGCCAAGCUUUGCUACAACAAUUCUAUUCACAUUCCAGUAUGAAGAAUUGACACCAAGGAACGUUUAAAAGCCAGCCCCACACUCUGACCCAAUCAACUGUAAAAGGUGUUGCAAUGACUUUUCGCCCAAUUCGAACUUCAAUUUCUGCAUGUAGUGCACUUUGAUGAAAGGAAACAGUGCAGCCACUAUCCGAUUUAUAAGGCAACAUAAAUUCAAGUAACAAUGUGCAUAGUUUCAGAAAGGUCAAAUGCACUACUUAUUAUAACAUAAAUAGUGACGUAACGUACGUGCAUAUAUCUGACGAAGGGAGCACUGCAUUCAAUUUCAUGUAAGUGCAGUGAAUUGUGCGCACAAUGAUUCUAAAAGCAGGCUAGAUGUUAAAUAAAAUUGUAACAUUUUACAUCUAGAAUAAUAUCAGCCAGCUGGUGUUCUUUAACCCUUUCUGUGCCACGUUAUUAUCCCAAAUUGUGACCAAAAAUGCCCAACUUAUUUUUAAAGAUCCCAUUGGCCAACAAGUUAUACCUCCUCAGAAAAAAAAACAUUUUCGCUUCUGCUAUCACAGUGACUGUGUGCUGCCAUCUACCGAAAGUAUGGUUAAGCACACAGAUAAAACUAAACUGGUACACGGCAUUGCUGGAAAAUAAGGAGCGCCGUUGAUGAGCCGAGCUCCUCCUUGGCCGUUUUCACCAGAAAUGUGUGAAUGAAUUCAGUUCAUCCAAGGUACAGCAAGGGUUAACACGCCCCCAAAUAUAAAUACGUUGGCCUUUUUGCAUUACAUCCCCAUCGGAAGGACACGACAAAUGGAAAUCAAACCCACAACCUUGCGCUCCGCGUGAGAACACGAUGGCCACUGCCAGGCUAGACGGAGGUUAAACUCCUUAAGUGUUUUAUUAUUUUGACCAAAAGUGACCUUAUUUUGUCUUGUUUUUUAAUCACUCAUUUUCAAACUGCAAUCCAUUGAAAACCCUUCUUAAGCUUUUUCGACCAAUUUGCUUCAUGAUUUAGGUGCAAAAAUGCUGCACCACUGUCGCGCCAAGUAAAUGCCGUCUUCGCUUUCCGAAUACACAGUUUAGGCAGAAGCGAUUCGAAGACUAUCAUCAUCCUGUUCGUUAAAAGAACAAAACUCCAGUGCAUCACUUUCACUGUCAAGAGUUGAGCAGCGGCUUUCAUUUGUACGUGCAACUCACACAAGAGCUGGCAGACGUCACCGUUCUAAAUCUGCCAAAAGGUGCAAAAAAAAAGUGCGAUUCCAGAAAGGCGGUCUCUGAGUGCUGACAAAGUGCUGCCACCUAAGUAGAAGAUAACAAAUACCGCAAUAAAAGUGUCCCUCCAGCGCUGACAAAAUGGCUGUCAUCUAUGUUGUAGAACACAGACUGAAUCAAUGCAGCCUUUGUGGCGCUGAAAAAGUGUCAAUAUCUAUCUAAUAAAACAAGAAAGAGCGAAAUAAGUGCAGAUUUCAAACGCUGGUACUACAGCCAUCAAUGUAGUACAAGGAAUGCUAAGUGGUUGCGAUGAGUUCGUCCAAAUCGCUUUGAAACCGGGGUUAUUGCCGUUGACUAGCUGAGCUCGUCCAAAACACUCAAGGGGUUAAUGAUUCCCUUUAGCAAUGACGGCUUCUGAAGUCUAUUUAACAAUGUGACCUGUCUUUUCUGGUUUUUGAUCAUCUUGUUCUUGUCAACCUGGUGUUGUUUCAAGUCAUUGGACGUAUUGAUUUGUGUGUUUGCAGAAUGUAAUAAUAAUGGUACCCCCAGGCCUGGAAACCCCAGCCAUAGAGCGUCUAUAAGAAAAUAUCUAAGAAGCAAUGAUAGUUGCCAUAGCAACUGCAUUCCACAAGGGCUUGCUGCAGUAGUUAGGUGACAACACAUCACUACACUCACUCACACCACAACAGAGGCGAAUGUAAUAUAAUGUGUGCAAAAAAAUAUGCGCAUUUGUGUGUGCAUGCAUGUGUGCGUAAAUGCAUUUGCUACUUUCAAGGUGACGUCGACAGCCGCUGGCUGACGUCCCUUUCAUCUCAACCCCCGAACCUGCCUUCUUGCCCCCCCCCCCCCCCCCCCCCCCCCCCCCAUGACCUUUUUUUUUUUGCACUUCCCGAAAGGUGCUCUCCUGCGAUGCUCUUGCAGCGCGUGUGUCGAACUGUUUGUUCACAUUUGUACAAAAGAAAAAAAAACAUUUUGCCCGUCAAUGUCUGUGACUGGAUGUGUUACUCUUUUUAUACGUAAAGAUUAAUAAAGUUAAGUUAUGGUGA